AUCCCCGAAUACGAAGCACUAUCCUACGUCUGGGGGGAUCCAGGAGCAGCCGAGGAGAUAAUAUGCAAUGGACAGACCCGUGAGGUUACCCAGAACCUCCAAGACGCCCUGGUCAGGCUUCGACUUCGGGACGAAAAGCGCGAUAUAUGGGUGGACGCCCUUUGCAUCAAUCAAGCCGACAGCACCGAGAAGAAUCACCAGAUUCCUUUGCUGAGCAUGAUUUUCUUUCGUGCACGGCAAGUCAUCGUCUGGCUUGGACCUUCGGACUUCAGUGAGGCCUGCAUCGUCAAAGCUGCAAUGCGACUGAUCACGCAGGCUUGCGAAGACCUUGGCCAAGGCAAAGGAGGGGGUGGGCGUAGCGCCGAGUCCUUCUCGAACGUCCAAUUACCAAAAGACUUGUAUGACAGCAUACCAUGGGCAGCGCUCAAGAACUUCUACGGCUUGCCUUGGUUCAGGCGGAUCUGGUGUGUCCAAGAGAUCCGCCUUGCCAGCCAUUCCGCUAUUCUCUGGGGCGACGCUGAACUCGAUUGGUACGAUAUCGGCCAGACGGUAUUCUGGAUAUUUGGAAUCCUCGUGCGGAACGAGUUCGGGGGACACGCGCUACCCACGCCGAUCCGUUACUGGAAUGCCAUGGCCAUGUGCUGCAACUACGGGCCGAUGAAAAACACCCUCAUUGACUUAUUGGACAAUCAUCGAGACUUCAAAGCGACGGAUCCUAGGGAUAAAGUUUACGGCAUCCUCAAUUUGCUGGAAUUUACCCAUGGAAGUCCCAUUGAUAUAUCGGUCGACUACUCGAAGUCGGUAGCGGAGGUAUACGAAGAUAUGACCGUGGCAGCCAUCCGGAGCACAAUGGGCCUUGCGGCACUGGAAGACGCCGAACAUCCCCUGGAAUACGAUGGAGAUCCGACGUUCAGUUCUUGGGCUCCGCGUUGGGAUGUCCCGCGUUUUGUUCAGUUGCGGCUGAGCCCGAACCGAUUCUACUCCAGUGCCCAAUCCGCCUGCGGCGACAUAGCGCUACAUAUGGAAUAUGAUCCUUUGUCUUCGAUUCGUCACUUGAAGGUCCGUGGGCUGCCCUUUGACGUCUUGAGUUCAAUUGAGAAACCACGGAGCGCUCCGAUACCCCCAGACGCUCGGGCGGCGGCAGAUGCGCAUCCAAUUCCGCAGUUUUGGAACGAAAUCGUCCACGGGAAGGGCCCAGAGUCACCCGAGUAUGCUGCUGCACUUCAAGUUGUUGCUCGGACUUUGACGGCGGGCAGAGUUAGCGGUUAUAGUGAGAAAGGCGGUAGAGUAUGGGUGGAUGCAAACCAAGAGCAGAGAGACCGAUAUAUUGCCAACUUUCAGACUUACUUUGGAGGGUUCGGUGCUUCCCUCGUACGGAACCAGAACACCGAGGAGGUACUCCACAUAGACACGGGCGAAAACUUCACAGAGUACGCCAUGGUCGCUAGAAUGGUUUGCUCUGGCCGGAGAGUCUUCCGCACUUCGAAUGGGGCGCUGGGCCUAGGCCCUCGGUGCAUGCGCGAGGGCGACAUGGUGGUAGUCCUCUUCGGGGGGGAUAUGCCGUACGUGGUGCGGCCAAUGGGUCCCGUGUUUCUGCUACUGGGGGAAGCAUAUGUGGAUGAGCUGAUGGAUGGGAGGCUCGUGCGAGACAUGCAGGCAGGG